UAAAAAUUGGAAAGAUGGCUGGUCGCUUGUAUUGAAUUUGACUUGUCAGUAUUGUAUUUUUUUCAAAGUGAUCGUUUUAAAUUGUUCCGUUUUAUCGCAUGGGUACUCCAAAAAAUUAUUUAGAUUCUUCAUCAUUAAUACUGUGACCACGGUAAAAAUAUUACAUCACUUCUCAGUCGUAUGCAUAACAAAUAUCUUCAUUAACUAUAGAUGAAUUCAAGAAAUCAAUUAAAGAAUACGCUGGAGUCUGAUAGAAACAAUAUGGCGAGUCCAUCGCCUCAGUCAUCUCCUAUGCCACCACCGCAAGCUCCAAGUCCAAUGGGACCUCCUCAACAAUCUCCAUCACCGUCAAAUCCGCAAGGAAGCCCUAUGGGACCUCCUCAACAUCAUCCACACAGUCCAACACAAGGGUAUCCUGGAGGACCACCACCUCCUGGAGGACCAUCUAUGUCUCAACCCCCACCACAACAACCACCACCUCAACAGCAAAAUUAUCCACCACAUACACAACAAAUGCCCCCUAAUAUGGGCCCUCAGGGGCCACCAGGCGGACCACAAGGACCGCAACAAGGACCUGGAGGACCGAUGAUGCAAAUGGGUGGACCUCCAGGAUCAGGACAUAUGGGAGGACCACCAAAUCAGAUGGGACCAGGAGGUCCUCCACCUAUGGGACCUGGAGGUGGUCCAAUGGGUCCUUCGCAAAUGUUUCCUGGAGGUCCUCCACCUAUGGGUCCUGGAGGACCGAAUCAAAUGGGCCCAGGAGUCCAUAAAUAUUUUAUAGGACCAAAUCAAAUGGGGCCAGGAGGUCAAAUGGUACCAGGUGGGCAGAUGGGUCCUGGUGGACAUAUGGGUCAACCGGGUGGACCACCAGGAGGACCUCCACCGCAUAUGCAAGGAGGUCCGGGAGGUCCACCAAUGGGAGGACCGCCAGGACCACAAAUGGGACCAGGAGGACAGAGUAAUCAAAUGCCAGGAGGACCAGGACAUAUGGGAGGACCUCCACCACCAUCAGGUCAUAUUAAUGCACCAGGAGGACAUAUGGGGCCUGGAGGACCAAAUCCAAUGAAUCAAGGCGGGCCAGUACUUAUGGGGCCUGGAUCAAUGGGUCCUGGUGGACCACAAGGACAAAUGGGACCAGGUGGAGCACCUUCAAUGAGUUCUGGAGGACAGAUGCCAUCUGGAGGUCCAACUGGUAUGUGUCCAACCAAUCAAGGACAAAUAGGAGCUAAUGGUCAUGGUCAAAUGGGAAUGGGUGGACCAGGAAAUCAAAUGAAUAUGGGGCCAAGUGGUCCAGUUCCAAUGAAUAUGAGUGGUCCAGGAGGUCCAGGACCGGGUCCUGCAGUUCCUGGACCUGGAGGUCCAAUGAUGUCUGUAUCUGCACCAAAUCAGAUGCCCCCUGGAGGUCCCAAUAAUCAAAUGGCUCCCACUGGACCUCCACAAAUGAAUGUUAAUAAUUCUGGAAAUCCUGUAGGACCUGGUGGUCCAACUGGACCUCCGGGAAUGGGUCCAAUGCCUUCAGGAACACCAAAUCAAGGACAAAUGGGACCUAUGGGGCCUGGUGGACCUGUCAACCAAAUGUCUCAGACUGGUCAAAUGGGAUCCGGUGGUCCUCCAGGACCAUCUGGUCCAGGUCAAGAAAAUUUAAAUGCUCUACAAAAAGCUAUAGAUUCAAUGGAAGAAAAAGGUUUACAAGAAGAUCCGCGUUACUCUCAAUUAUUAGCUCUUAGAGCGAGACAAGGACAGGGCCAAGGAGGUAUGGGUGAAAAACAAAGCUUUAGUGCUCAACAACUUCAUCAACUAAGAAUUCAAAUUAUGGCUUACCGACUUCUCGCAAGAAAUCAACCGCUAUCACAACAAUUAGCUCUUGCAGUACAAGGUGGAGCUCCUCCUCCAAAUAUAGGACCACGUCCAAUGGAUCCAAAUCAAGGGCCUGGCACUCCUACAGGGCCACCAAUACAACCAACAGCUGGUAUGGGGCCAACAGGACCCCCUAGGCCGGGUUCGCAACCUCCACAACAACAACCUCAACAACAGCCUCAAGGAAAUAAGACAAAUAGAAUUACAAGUGUUGCUAAACCGGCUGGAUUAGAUCCCCUUUUGAUUCUCCAAGAGCGUGAAAAUCGAGUUGCCACACGGAUUGCUUUGCGCAUGGAGCAGUUGAGUAAUUUACCCACUAACAUGCCAGAAGAUUUACGUAUUCAAGCACAAAUUGAACUUAGAAUGUUACGAGUGUUAAACUUCCAGAGACAGUUGCGGUCAGAGAUUCUUGCUUGUACUCGUAAAGAUACUACUCUAGAAACAGCAAUCAAUGUCAAAGCAUAUAAACGCACAAAGAGACAAGGAUUGAGAGAAGCUCGUGCAACAGAGAAAUUAGAGAAACAACAGAAAUUAGAAGCUGAACGUAAACGUCGUCAGAAGCAUCAAGAAUUCUUAAGUUCUGUACUCCAACACGGCAAAGACUUCAAAGAGUUUCAUCGCAACAAUGUGGCAAAAUUGGCGCGACUUAAUAAGGCAGUUCUUAACUAUCAUGCGAAUGCCGAAAGGGAACAAAAGAAAGAGCAAGAACGAAUUGAGAAAGAACGUAUGCGACGGCUUAUGGCAGAAGACGAAGAAGGAUAUAGGAAACUUAUUGAUCAGAAGAAAGACAAGCGUCUGGCUUUCUUACUCUCUCAAACUGACGAAUAUAUCUGUAAUUUAACUGAAAUGGUCAAACAACAUAAAAUGGAGCAAAAACGGAAACAAGCGGAAGAACAAAAACGUAAAAAGAAAAAGAAGAAGCUUCAGGAAGGAGCUAAUGUUGGUGAUGAAGGUGCACCUGCAGAUGAUUCUCGUGUUAAUGUUAUAGAAACCAGCACAGGUCGGACUCUAACUGGAGAGGAAGCACCAUUAAUGAGCCAGUUAAAUGCUUGGUUAGAAGCUCAUCCAGGCUGGGAAGCAGUUGAUUCUGAUAGUGAAGAAGAAGAGGAAGAAGAAGAGGAAGAAAAUGAAGAAAAAGAACAAAAGACCAAGGCUAGUGGUGAAGGCGAAAGUGAAGAUAAAACAAAGAAAAGCUUUCAGAAGAAAGUUGAAGAUGAUGAAUACAAAACUGAAGAGCAAACUUAUUACAGCAUCGCUCAUACUGUUCAUGAGGUUGUCACGGAGCAAGCUUCUAUUAUGGUUAAUGGUAUUCUCAAAGAGUACCAAAUUAAAGGACUUGAAUGGCUUGUUUCCUUAUUUAAUAAUAAUUUGAACGGCAUCUUAGCAGAUGAGAUGGGUCUGGGAAAAACAAUACAAACCAUUGCUUUAGUGACCUAUCUCAUGGAGAAGAAAAAAGUCAAUGGGCCAUUUUUGAUUAUUGUUCCAUUGUCUACGCUGUCUAAUUGGGUACUAGAGUUUGAAAAGUGGGCGCCUAGUGUUGUAGUCGUUUCUUACAAAGGCUCUCCAGCUGGGCGUCGUGCAAUUCAAUCGCAGAUGCGCGCUACAAAGUUUAAUGUUCUCCUUACUACUUACGAGUAUGUCAUCAAAGAUAAAAGUGUGCUUGCUAAAUUGCAGUGGAAAUAUAUGAUAAUCGACGAGGGUCAUAGAAUGAAGAAUCAUCAUUGUAAGCUAACUCAAGUUUUAAAUACACACUACUUAGCGCCACAUCGUCUACUUCUCACUGGUACUCCUUUACAGAAUAAAUUACCUGAGUUAUGGGCACUUUUAAAUUUCUUACUUCCCUCAAUCUUCAAAUCUUGUAGUACAUUUGAACAGUGGUUUAAUGCACCAUUUGCAACAACUGGAGAAAAAGUCGAAUUAAAUGAAGAAGAAACUAUUCUUAUUAUUCGUCGUCUGCACAAGGUGCUUCGACCAUUCUUGCUCCGUCGUUUGAAGAAAGAAGUAGAAUCUCAACUUCCAGAUAAAGUCGAAUACAUUAUCAAAUGUGACAUGUCCGGACUACAAAAGGUUCUUUAUAAACAUAUGCAGAGUAAAGGUGUAUUACUCACAGAUGGUUCAGAAAAAGGAAAGCAGGGCAAGGGUGGUACUAAAGCAUUGAUGAAUACUAUUGUGCAACUCAGAAAGCUUUGCAAUCAUCCAUUCAUGUUCCAAGCGAUCGAGGAAAAGUAUUGCGAACAUAUAGGUGUCCAAGGUUCGGGUAUUGUGUCUGGUCCAGAUCUCUUCCGAGCGUCAGGCAAAUUUGAAUUACUUGAUCGCAUCCUUCCGAAGUUAAAAGCAACAAAUCAUCGAGUUUUACUCUUCUGUCAAAUGACCCAACUCAUGACAAUUAUGGAAGACUAUCUAAGUUGGCGAGGUUUUAUGUAUCUACGGUUAGAUGGUACAACUAAAGCCGAAGAUCGAGGAGAAUUAUUGAAAAAAUUCAAUGAACCAGGUUCUGAUUAUUUCCUCUUCUUACUUUCUACAAGAGCUGGUGGUCUUGGUCUUAAUCUUCAAGCUGCCGAUACAGUUAUUAUCUUUGAUUCUGAUUGGAAUCCUCAUCAAGAUUUACAAGCACAAGAUCGAGCUCACAGAAUUGGUCAGAAAAAUGAAGUACGUGUAUUGCGGCUUAUGACUGUCAACUCCGUAGAAGAGAGAAUUCUUGCAGCUGCUAGGUAUAAGCUUAAUAUGGAUGAAAAAGUCAUUCAAGCUGGUAUGUUUGAUCAAAAAUCUACUGGAUCAGAACGACAACAGUUCUUACAAAGUAUUCUUCAUCAAGAUGAUGCCGACGAUGAAGAAGAAAAUGAAGUACCCGAUGAUGAAACUGUAAAUCAAAUGAUUGCAAGAACUGAAGAAGAAUUUCAAAUUUUCCAAAAACUUGAUUUGGAAAGACGUAGAGAAGAAGCAAAAUUAGGACCAAAUCGUAAAUCACGAUUGUUGGAAGAGGCUGAGUUACCGGAUUGGUUGGUGAAAGACGAUGAUGAGGUGGAAAGAUGGACUUAUGAAGAAGAUGAAGAUAGAUACUUGGGCAGAGGUUCUCGACAAAGAAAAGAAGUUGAUUACACUGACAGUCUUACUGAGAAAGAAUGGCUUAAAGCUAUCGAUGACGAUGGUGUUGAGUAUGAAGAAGAGGAGGAAGAUGAUAAAAAGAAGAAAAAAACUCGUAAACGUAAGAAAAAAGGCGAAGAAGAAGAAGAGCCUAUUCCUAAGAAGCGACGAGGUGCCGGUCCUUCAGUUGAUAUGAAGUUAAAACGAGCGAUGAAGAAACUUCUCAUGGUUGUUGUAAAUUACACUGACAGUACGGAUGGACGACUCCUGAGUGAACCAUUUAUGAAGCUGCCUUCGAGAAGAGAGCUCCCUGAUUACUAUGAUGUUAUUAAGAAACCACUCACCAUCAAUAAACUUUUACGGAAAGUGGAUGAAGGAAAAUAUUCAAGUAUUGACGAGCUUGAGAAAGAUUUUAUGCAGUUAUGUAAAAACGCGCAAAUUUAUAACGAAGAGGCAUCGCCAAUUCAUGAGGAUUCUAUAGUUCUCGAAUCUGUAUUUACAAGUGCAAGACAACGUUUGGAAGCAGAUGGGGCUCUUUCUGAUGAUGAAAUCAAUUCGUCUACAGGUGACUGCGACGAUGGAUCAGAUGUAGACUCUACUGUGAGGAUGAAGAUUAAAUUAAAAGGUCGUAAAAACGAUAGUAGAGCUGCUAGUAGACGAAAAAGAGUUACUAAAAAGUAUAUCUCUGAUGAUGACGAUGAUGCUGAUGAUAAUUAAGGUGUUUAUUAUAAUUAAUUAGUUUUACUCCUGAUAAAAUAUACAUCCAUAGGAAUUUAUUAUUUUUAUUAUUAUGAUUAUGAUAAUUAUUUUACUUUUCAUACCAAACUAUUUGCGUUGUGCGUUACAUACGAUUAUAGAUAUUCAUCAUUGUUGAAAAUGAUUUCUUGUAGAAACAAUAAUGUCAUUAAACGCAUUUUUCAAUCGUAUAACUCAGAUUAUAUUAAAAUUGAGCUCAUGUGUGCUCAAUUAAUAAAAAUUUUUCAUUAAAUUGUUGAAUUCUUAUGAAAGUAGAUUGAACAGUAAUUCAUAAUAAUCCUUUAUAAAAUCUGAUAAUUAAAUCUAUAUAUACAUAUAUAAUAUUUAUAUGUCGAGAAAAAGAAAUUAAAUUAAUAGAAUAAACGUAGAUUAUAUUUGCGAUAAAAAGUUGAUCUUAAGCUUACCUUUAAAAAAUCGACUUAUGAUUCAUUCUCAAUGAUAGUUGAUAGUUAAUUACAUUAAUGUGUAUUGUCGUUUAUAUACGUAUGUAUUGUACGCAUGAAAAAUAAAGCCUGAAAUAACGGUAAAA